GGCUGCUUUGAUGCUUUCAGUCGCCACUUUCACGCUGUGCCCAGAAUUGUAGACGUUGUUCGGUUGUUGUCGCCAUUUUACCCUUUGCCGCCUUGCCGGAGUUCUUCACUUCUUCUUGUCGCCACGACUACGAGCCCACGAGGCACGAGACGCCACCGCCGGCAGUAAGAAGCAGAACUCACUGUAAGUCUGUAUUCUGUAACUCCCGUCGCCACUUUCUGUUUUUUUUUUUUUAAUUUUUUUUAUAAUUUUUGCUAAUUUGUAAAGGAUAGAUUACUUGAAUAGUUGAAUUGAACUUAGAGAUUUAAAUGUUGAAUUGAAAUUAGAGAUUACUAAUUACUUGAAUAGUUGAAUUGAAAUUACUUGAAUUGAAAUUAGAGAUUACUUCAUUACUUGAAUUGAAAUUGAGAUUACUUGAAUUGAAAUUAGAGAUUGUAAAAUUGGAAUAGAGGUUGUGAAUUGAAAUUAGUUGAAUUUGGAAUUAAAUGUUGUGAAAUGUAAUUUGAAACAAGGAACUUUGGUAUUAAUAUCUAAUAAUAUGUUUACUUAUACUAGAUUUGGAAGAUGAAAAACAAAAGUUUAGAAUCUUUUUGGAAGAGAAGUGGAGGAAAAUCAGAAAAGUCUUCAACUUCAUCUUCUCCAACAUCAAAAGAGCCUCUAAUUGAAGAAUGUAAUCAUGAGGUUCCAAUAAUUGAAGAAACUAAUCAUGAAGCUUCUCCAAUUCAAGAGGAAAAUGAGGAUGAGUUGCCUAAUUCUUCACCGUUCGAAACUACGCCUCAAAGUAGUUUUAGAACUAAUGCUUCAAGUGUUAUGUAUGAUCUUGAUCUCCUACCACAUGAUCCGGGAACUAGGAGGCCAAUUACAUCAUAUCCUCCUAAUGAUCAAGAGGCCAUGAGAAGAGGAUACAUUACUAAAAAGCCUUGUCGACCAAGGACACAUGAUUUUCCUUAAAGGGAAAUAGGAGGUAUGCGUCGUUUUAGUGUUUCUUGGUUUGACAAGUAUGAUUGGCUUGAAUAUAGUGUUGAAAAAGAUGCAACUUUUUGCUUUGUGUGUUACUUGUUCAAAGAUAAAACUAGUUAUCCGGGGGGUGAUUCUUUUGUCAAUGGAGGAUUUAGGAGUUGGAAUAAACCCGAUAGGUUUAAGAAGCAUAUUGGAGGUAUUAAUAGUGCCCAUAACCAAGCUCAAGAGAAGUAUCAACUUUUCACUAACCCAAAAGCAUCAAUUAAUGAAUCUUUGAACCACCAAAGUGCCGAAGCCACGGCACUUUAUAAAGCCCGUUUAACUUACUCACUUAAGUGUUUGAGGUUUCUUUCGCAACAAGGGUUGGCUUUUCGUGGUCAUGAUGAGAGUGAAGUAUCAAGUAAUAAAGGAAACUUUCUUGAGCUUUUAUCGUUGAGUUUGUCUAAAGUUCGUGGUCAAGGUUAUGAUGGAGCGAUUUCUUGUAAGCGUAGAGAAAUGCUUCGAGUAAUUCAAGCUCAAGAAGUUGUGGAAGCAUUAAAUUUGGGAGAAAUUGAGAGUGGGCAAGGCUUAAACCAUGAACGGGGUUUAGGGAGGCCGGGUGAAACUCGUGGGGGGUCAUAUUAUAAAACCAUUUUGAACAUCAUCACUUUGUAUUCUACAAUCAUUAAAGUACUUGUGAUUAUUGGAAAUAAUACCUCAUAUAAGGAAGAUCGUGGAAAAGCUCAAGCUAUCAUGAACACAUUUGAGUCAUUUGAGUUCAUUUUCAUGGCACAUUUGAUGUUAGAGAUCUUUGGGUAUACGGAUGUAUUGAGUAAUGCUUUGCAAAGAAAAGAACAAAACAUUGUUAAUGCCAUGGCUCUUAUUUCUUUGACUAAGAGUAGAUUGCAAAAGAUGAGAGAUGAAAAAUGGGAAGAUUUCUUGGAUCGUGUGUGCUCAUUUUGUGCUAAACAUGCUAUUGGAGUUCCUAAUAUGGAUGAUACUUAUGUUCCCCGUGGUAGAUCAAAACGUUUCUUUGCAAAAGUUACAAAUCUCCAUCGCUUUCGAGUUGAAAUGUUUCUAUGUGUCAUUGAUUUGCAACUUCAAGAGCUUAACAAUAGGUUCAAUGAGGUAAAUAUGGAGUUGCUCACUUGCAUGGCUUGUUUUAGUCCGCUCAACUCUUUUGCUUCUUUUGAUGAGAAAAAGUUGGUUAGACUUGCCGAAUUCUAUGAAAAGGAUUUCUCAACCAAUGAUUUGGUCACUCUUCAUUUUGAACUUGAACUUUUUAUUGAUGACAUGCGAAAGGAUGAAAACUUCCGGGAAUUGAAAGAUCUUGGUGAGCUUUCUAUGAUGCUUGUUGAAACUGAGAAACAUACUACAUAUAAGCUAGUCUACUUGCUAUUAAGACUAGUAUUGAUUCUUCAUGUGGCAACUGCAAGUGUGGAAAGAGUAUUUUCUUCGAUGAAGACCAUGAAAAGCAAAUUGCGAAAUAGUAUGGGGGACCAAUUUUUGAAUGAUUGUCUAGUCACUUAUAUUGAGAGAGAUCUUUUUUUGCAAGUUAGUGAUGAUGAUGUAAUUAAGCGCUUCCAAUCUAUGAAAGAUCGUCGGAUGCACUUGUAAUUUUUUUUAUUUGAAACUUAUGUAUUUUUGUCGUUUUAAAUUAGUUGUAAUUUGAAUUAUUAAUUGAUAUUGGCAUUGUAUUUUGAUUUGAA